CGCGCGAGCACGCCGUGCACACUGGGACCCGGUUGGUGACGUAUCGGCUGGUGACGCGCGUCGCGGACGAUGCGCCCGGUCGAGUGACGGCGCGCGGUAAUACACCAAUAUCGGACACAAGUGUGCGUCGCGCCGCGCCGGUGAGUGUCCGUCCGUCCGUUCGCCCGUCCGUCCUCUCGUUCGCGUCCGUUGGUCUCCGUUCGUUUCCUCCCGAGUGUGUGCGCGCCCGUGCUCCCUUCCGAUGAGUGUGUGUCUACCCGACGUGUGUGGAUAACAACAAAAAAAUAGUAUAUAAUAAUUCACGGCGCCAUGUCGCUGCCACGGCCGAGAUUGGAUUACGCGCUCACGGUCGGACCGUUGUUGCUCGCGUUGCUGGCGUUCACCUGCGUGCCCACGGUAUCCGGUUUCGUGUCGUGUUCACCGAGCCCUUGCAAAAACGGAGGACUUUGCGUGUCGUCGCCGCGCGAUGAGUCACAUUGCAACUGCACAUCGAAAUACGUGGGAGAAUACUGUCAACACUUGAACCCGUGCUAUACCGGAUCGCGUUGCCAAAACGGCGGUUCAUGUAGGGUACGCGAGGGCAUCGGAGGUGGCACGCCAUCCUUCACAUGUGCAUGUCCUGUCGGUUUUACCGCCAGCCUCUGCGAAAUCCCCAUCGAAAACGCCUGUGACUCUUCGCCCUGUCUCAAUGGCGCUACAUGCAAUCUCAAGUCGUUGCACGAGUAUGUGUGCACGUGCAGCAUCGGAUACACAGGUGACCAUUGCGAGCGACAGGAUUACUGCGCCUCGUCGCCCUGUCGAAACGGGGCCGAGUGUCGCUCGCUCGAGGACAGCUACAAGUGCACGUGUGCACCUGGCUUCACGGGACCGAAUUGCGCGGACGACAUCGACGAGUGCGAGAGGGACCCGUGCAGACACGGUACCUGCAAGAAUAUUCACGGAUCUUACAGAUGCAUGUGCUCGAGCGGGUACACCGGGCAAAACUGCGAGAGCGACUACAUCCCCUGCGAUCCGUCACCGUGUGAAAACGGAGGCUCGUGCCAUCAGCUCGGCGAACAUGACUACGAGUGCAUCUGCCCCGAAGGAUACCGAGGCGAUCGUUGCGAGGAGAAUAUCGAUGAUUGUCCGGGCAACCUCUGUCAAAAUGGUGCCACCUGCAUGGACCGAGUGAACGAGUAUUCUUGUCUGUGUCCACCGGCCUUCACGGGCACGCAAUGCGAGCUGGAUGUGGACGAGUGCUCGGUACGGCCGUCCUUGUGCCACAACGGGGCCACAUGCACGAAUUCGCAUGGCAGUUACUCGUGCAUAUGCGUGAACGGCUGGACCGGGCCCGAUUGCAGCGUCAACAUCGAUGAUUGUGCAGGCGCGGCCUGCUUCAACGGCGCAACCUGCAUCGAUCGCGUCGGCAGCUUCUAUUGCCAGUGCACAUAUGGAAAGACCGGGCUGCUUUGUCAUCUCGAUGACGCCUGCACGUCGAAUCCAUGUCACGAGGGCGCGAUCUGUGACACUAGCCCUAUCAACGGGUCCUUCACCUGUUCCUGCGCCACCGGAUAUAAAGGACUGGACUGCUCCGAGGACAUUGACGAGUGCACACAAGGCUCUCCUUGCGAGCACGACGGUAUCUGCGUGAACACGCCCGGAUCCUUCGCGUGCAACUGUACGCAAGGAUUCACGGGUCCGCGAUGUGAAACGAAUGUGAACGAGUGCGAGUCGCAUCCGUGUCAAAACGACGGUUCCUGCUUGGACGAUCCUGGGACCUUUCGAUGCGUCUGCAUGCCUGGUUUCACUGGAACUCAAUGCGAGAUCGACAUAGACGAGUGCGCGCUGAGGCCGUGCAUGAACGGCGGCACCUGCAGCGAUCUCAUCAACGCCUUCAAGUGUACCUGCGCCGAGGGCUUCACCGGCACCCAUUGCCAGAUCAACAUCGACGACUGCAUCUCGUCGCCGUGCAAGAACGGCGGCACUUGCCAGGACGGUAUCGCGAGAUACACGUGCGAGUGCCCGGCCGGCUUCACCGGCGACUCCUGCGAGACCAACAUCAACGACUGCGCCUCGAAUCCGUGUCGCAGCGGUACCUGCAUCGACGGCGAGAACAGCUUCACCUGCAACUGUUCCCCCGGCUUCACCGGCAAGCUGUGCCAGACGCAGAUCGACGAGUGCGAGAGCAAUCCGUGCCAGUUCGGCGGUAGAUGCGAGGACCGUAUCGACGGUUACCUGUGCGUCUGCCGACCGGGCACGUCCGGCGAGAAUUGCGAGGUCAAUGUUAACGAGUGCUACAGCAAUCCCUGCCGAAACGGGGCCAGAUGUAUCGACGGUAUCAACAGGUACUCCUGCGAAUGCGAGCCCGGCUUCACCGGGCAGCACUGCGAGACCGAUAUAAACGAGUGCGCGAGCAACCCGUGUGCGAACGGCGGCCGUUGCAUCGACGUGAUAAACGGCUUCAGAUGCGAGUGCCCGCGCGGCUACUACGACGCCAGGUGUCUGAGCGACGUGGACGAGUGCGCGAGCUCGCCCUGCCUAAACGGCGGCACUUGCGAGGACGGGGUGAACCAGUUUAUCUGCCACUGCCUGCCCGGUUACGGCGGCAAGAGGUGCGAGGCGGAUAUCGACGAGUGCGGCUCGAACCCCUGCCAGCACGGUGGCACGUGCAACGACCAUCUGAACGGUUACAGCUGCAAGUGCCUGCCCGGUUACGCCGGCACCAAUUGCGAGACCAACAUCGACGACUGCGCCAACAACCCCUGCCAGAACGGCGGCUCCUGCAUCGAUCUCGUUAACGACUACAAAUGCGUCUGCGAGCUGCCCCACACCGGCAGGAAUUGUGAGGACAAGCUGGACCCCUGCACGCCGAACAAAUGUCUUCACGGAGCGAAAUGUUCGCCAUCGUCGAACUUCCUCGACUUCGCGUGCACGUGUACGGUCGGUUACACGGGCAGGCUGUGCGACGAGGACGUGGACGAGUGCGUGAUGACGUCGCCGUGCAGAAACGGUGCCACUUGCCGGAACACAAACGGCUCUUACCACUGCGUAUGCGCGAAGGGCUACGAGGGCCGUGAUUGCAUCAUCAAUACCGAUGACUGUGCAUCAUUUCCCUGUCAGAAUGGCGGCACCUGUCUGGACGGCAUCGGUGAUUAUACGUGUCUCUGCGUGGACGGUUUCAGUGGUAAGCACUGUGAGGUUGACAUCGACGAAUGCCUGUCGCAACCCUGUCAGAACGGUGCCAUUUGCAAGGAAUAUGUCAACUCCUACACGUGCCAAUGUCAACUCGGCUUCUCUGGCAUUAAUUGUCAAACCAACGACGAAGAUUGCACUGACAGCAGUUGCAUGAACGGCGGCACAUGUAUCGACGGUAUCAACAACUACACAUGCGUCUGCAAGACCGGCUAUACGGGCUCGAAUUGCCAAUAUCGUAUCAACGAGUGCGACAGCAUGCCCUGUCAGAACGGUGCUACCUGUCAUGAUCACAUACAAUACUACACAUGUCACUGUCCGUAUGGUUACACGGGUAAGCAAUGCGAUAAGUAUGUGGACUGGUGCGCUGACAAUCCAUGCGAGAACCAGGCAACGUGCGUGCAGCGCAUGAACAAGUAUCAUUGCAACUGCUCACCCGGAUGGACCGGCAAGGUAUGCGACGUGGAGAUGGUCUCGUGCAAGGAUGCCGCCAUACGGAAGGGCGUGCCGGAAAGCAGUCUUUGCAACAACGGCACUUGCGAAAACAUAGGCAAUAGUCAUCGUUGUCAUUGCCUUGACGGUUACACUGGCUCUUACUGUCAGGAGGAAAUAGACGAAUGCGACUCGGCGCCGUGUCAGAACGGCGCAACCUGCAAGGAUCUCAUCGGCUCGUACCAGUGCCAGUGCACCAAGGGCUUCCAAGGACAGAACUGUGAGCUCAACAUCGACGACUGCCGACCAAAUCCCUGUCAGAACGGCGGUACCUGUCACGAUCUGAUCAGCAACUUUACGUGCUCCUGUCCACCCGGUACUCUUGGCUUCAUAUGCGAGAUCAACAUCGACGAUUGCAUGAUGACCGCAUGCCACAAUAACGGCACGUGCACUGACAAAGUGGGUGGCUUUGAAUGCAAGUGUCCGCCCGGUUUUGUCGGGCCAAGAUGCGAGGGUGAUAUUAACGAGUGCUUGUCGAAUCCGUGUGCCUCGCCCGGAACUCAAGACUGCGUGCAAUUGAUCAACAACUAUCACUGCAACUGCAAACCGGGCUAUAUGGGCCGUCACUGCGAGGUUAAAGUGAAUUUCUGUGAUAGCUCCCCGUGUCAAAACGGUGGCUUUUGCACGGCUAAGCACGACCGACACGUUUGCAUCUGUCAAGGCGAUUAUCAUGGCACCAAUUGCGAAUUCGCCGGUUCCUACUGCAACUCCGAACCGUGUCAGAACGGCGGCACGUGUCGUGUCAUAGGAAAUAGCUAUCAGUGUUACUGCUUGCCAGGUACGACCGGUACGCAUUGCGAGUUCGAUGCCUGGAACGAGUGCGACAGGCAUCCGUGUCAGCAAAACGCCCCUUGUAUAAACAAGAUUGGUGACUACGCCUGUGACUGUCCUCCCACGUGGUCCGGCAAGAAUUGCGAUAUCUAUGAUGCAAAUUAUCCUGGCGGAGUAUUCGGCAGUUUAAACACAUCCAAAACCUUGAACGAUAUUUAUUUGGAACGCGAACGUCAGAAGUGUAUAGAAAAUAACUGCGCGGCUAAGGCCCGCAAUGACCGCUGCGACGAGGAAUGCAAUCGACCCGCGUGCGACUUUGACGGCAGCGAUUGUUCGCUAGGCGUCAAUCCGUGGCGCAACUGCACUGCCGUGGAUUGCUGGAAGGUAUUCAUGAACGGUGCGUGCGACGACGAAUGCAACAAUCCGCAAUGCCUCUACGACGGCAGAGACUGUGAACGAAAAGUUCCUCCUUGCAACCCAAUCUAUGACGCAUACUGUAGAAAGCAUUACGCUAACGGCCAUUGCGAUUACGGCUGCAACAACGAAGAAUGUAACUGGGACGGUCUCGAUUGCGAGAAGGAGCCACCGUCAUUAGCAGAGGGUGUCAUAUCCAUAACCGUCAGAUUGGAUAUGGACACUUUCCGUACGAACCUCCCAAGCUUUUUACGUGACAUCAGCCAUCAUUUAAGAACGACGCUUCGCAUUAAAACGGAUGAACUCGGCAACGAAAUGAUAUACCCUUGGAAGCCCGAAAGACAUAAGAUUCCUAACUUUUUUACUCGACCGCCUCCGCCUAAUAAAAAAGGCGUGGUCGCUUACCUGGAGAUCGACAAUCGCAAAUGCACGACGACGCAGAACUCGGUAUGUUUCCCAUCGGCGAACGAGGCAGCCGAGUUUUUGGCUGCCACGGCGUUGAGGCACACCCUAUCGCGGAACUUCCCCAUCGAACAAGUGCGAGGUGUCGUGGGUCCUCAGACUAUAGACAUUGCAGAUACCCCAACGAAUUAUAAGUAUGUUUUUAUCGGUGUGGUCAUCGUGGUGCUCGGCGGGUUACUGGUGGGCGUCCUGGUGACCGCACAGCGGAAGCGUGCCGUUGGGGUCACAUGGUUCCCCGAGGGAUUCUUAAGAACUAGCAGCGGCAGCGGUCAACGACGCCGGUCGCGUCGGCGCGGCCCGGAUGGCCAAGAGAUGCGCAACUUGAACAAGCAGCCGUCGGUGAAUUGCAUGAACAUGGAUGUUGUGAGUGCCCGAAUACAGUCCCAAUGGUCUGACGAUGAGUCCGAUCUACCGCCGUCGAAGCGGAUGCGUGCCAUCGAGCCGGGUUAUGCGAGCGAUCAUACCGUCAUCACGGACUAUGAGGAGACCGAGCCGCGUAUGUGGACGCAGCAACAUCUGGACGCGGCCGAGAUUCGACGGCCGGACGCGGGCGGUGUGCUGACGCCGCCCAGUCUCGAGCAUGGCCAGGAUGUGGACGCGCGUGGUCCAUGCGGCAUGACACCAUUGAUGGUAGCGGCGGUACGAGGCGGCGGGCUCGACACCGGCGAAGAGGAGGACGAGAGCGACGGCACCGCGGCGGUGAUCGCCGAUUUAGUCGCCCAAGGCGCUGAUCUGAAUGCUACCACGGACAAGAGCGGAGAAACGUCGCUGCAUUUGGCUGCGCGUUACGCCCGGGCUGACGCAGCCAAGAGAUUGUUGGAUGCGGGUGCCGAUGCUAAUUCACAGGAUAACACUGGCCGUACUCCACUGCAUUCUGCUGUCGCGGCCGAUGCUAUGGGAGUUUUCCAGAUUUUGCUGCGCAAUCGAGCGACGAAUUUGAAUGCACGAAUGCACGAUGGCACCACGCCGCUAAUACUAGCUGCGCGUUUGGCCACCGAGGGAAUGGUGGAAGACCUCAUUAACGCCGAUGCCGAUAUCAAUGCCGCCGAUAACAGUGGCAAGACCGCAUUACACUGGGCCGCGGCGGUCAACAACGUCGAUGCUGUGAAUAUAUUGUUGGUGCAUGGCGCGAACAGAGACGCUCAAGAUGAUAAAGAUGAAACCCCAUUAUUCUUAGCCGCCCGCGAGGGCAGCUUUGAAGCAUGCAAAGCAUUGCUGGAUACAUUUGCCAAUAGAGAGAUUACCGAUCACAUGGAUCGGUUACCUCGCGAUGUUGCGAGCGAGAGACUGCACCACGACAUUGUCAGACUACUUGAUGAGCACAUGCCGAGGUCGCCGCAGAUGGUUACAGUCAUUCCGAAUGGUCCUCUUAUGGGAUCUUCAAAUCAUCCACAAUUAAUCACGCAUCCCACGGUAAUCGGCUCAGCGCCGAAGCAAACCAAGUCAAAGAAGCGGCCAAAGGCAGGCGCGGGAAACCCAAACAGUCCAGAGUCAGAGGGCGGCGGCACGGUGCUAGUAAGGCGAAAACCAUCGGUGAAGAAGGCGCCGGCUAAACCGCGCGGCGCACAGCCCCCAAACCAGGAGAUCCCACAGGGAGCGGAAGGCGCCGAUGGCAAUCUACCGACUAGCCCGUAUGAUAGCGCGAGCCUUUAUAGUAACGCGUUACCCCUGGUGGCUCAUACUGCGACGGCGAAACAACCGCCACCGUACGAGGAUUGCAUCAAGAGUCAAUCGAUGCAAGGUCUGCAACAACUCGGCCUAGAUACCUUCACGAGCAACUACGGGCUGCCAUUUCACGACCAGCUCUUAGCGCCUCAUCAGCGGCAGCAGCAAGGCAUGGUAAACACACUGUCGCCGCCGUACAGUAAUCAGUCACCGCCACACUCGGUGCAGUCCAACAUGACCCUUUCUCCGCAAGCGAGCUACAUGGGCUCGCCGUCGCCGGCGAAAAAUAGGCCGUCGUUGCCCACAUCCCCAACUCAUAUCGCUGCUAUGCGACAGGCGACGCAUCAGAAACAUGGCAGCAUGCCACCAGUGGGUUUUGACUUUGAUAAUUUACCGUAUUCUUCGAGCCAACAGCAACAACAGCAACAGCAGCAACAGCAAAUGCAACAAACGCAGCAGCAGAUCCAACAGCAGCAGCAGCAACAACAACAACAACAGCAGCAGCAGCAGCAGCAGCAGCCGCAGCCGCAGCAGAGCACGCAACAGCAACAGCAGCAGCAGCAACAACAACCACAACAACAGACACAACAAUAUUACCAAUACUUGACGCCACCGUCCCAUCAUUCCGGGCCUGACGUUACGCCACAGCAUCUCAUGCAAGCGCCCGAGAGUUUCCCAACGCCAUCGCCGGAUAGCCCUGGUCACUGGUCUUCGAGCUCGCCCCGUUCGAACAGCGACUGGUCUGAUUGCAUGGCCUCACCUACGAACGCUUACGGCGCCAGCGGCGGCGCUCACCAAAGCAACAAGGGCUCUGAGGCGAUCUACAUAUGAGGCCGAUAGCAAUGGUACUUUCUUCCUUACGUAAAUAAGUCGUGAAAAGAAAAGAAAGUAGAAAGUUAUACAUGAACUGUGAUUAGCUCGUCGAAUUCGAGUGUCUAGACGUCAGAAAGACGAAAA